CACUGGAGAGCAGCAGUGGUCCAGCCCCUCAGAAUCUGUAAAGCAUCACAGGAGUCUCUGGAUAAAGACCAGCUUCAGGAGCAGGGCUAGGAGACAGAGGAUUUCUGCUCAGUGAUAAAACAUGAAACAGAUGUGAGGAAGCAGUAUGGAGCUCAAGAGAGGCAAGACCUUCAUAAAAUCCAGUGUGCAACAUGAGAAAGUGCCACCAGUACAUGCAGCUCCAACCAACAAAGAUGAGAUGGGCAAAGACAAAAAGGCAGCUCUGGAGGGAAACCAAAGUGUGGCCGAAGUCCAGCUGGCAUGUUUGGCCACACACAAGAACUACAGAUUUUCUACCAGAGCAGCAAGGAAUGGAGCUAGUGGUCACAACCUGGAAAAAUCAUCUGGCUCCUCCUACAAGCUUGUAAGGAAGAGUAAAACCCAUGACUGCGUUGCUGAGGCGGACAAAACAGAGAACAGCAGCCCCAGCAGCAGGGCUUGUGAGGAGGGCUUGGUUGGAAAGGGCAAGGGCCGACUGGUCAAUAGCAUCAGCUUUUCAGGGAUGUCCAGCUCCAGCAGUAAGAAGGAGUGUGUGGUCAGCCCCAGCCAGUCUGCGUGCAGCAGUCAGAUGAUCGAUUACAGGAACUUUGUGCCACAGAUGCCUUUUGUACCAGCUGUUGCAAAAACUAUUCCCAGGAAGAGGAUUUCCCUCAAGAGAUCUAAGAAAGGGCUCAGAGAUAUAUUUCAUAUAAGAAAAAAUAAACCAGACAGUUUUUCAUUUCUGGUGGAGAAGGACAAGAACCUAGCCUCUCCAGGCUGCAAGAGUGAGUUAUCUGGACGUCUAGCAAAGUAUCUUUUCAAAACUGGAGAAACUUGUGCAGCUGAUUGCUUGUCACAGGACUGCUCAGACAGUGAACUGCAGUCUGACUCCUCCUACGACUACUGCAAUGCCCUGUGUGAAGAUGUUGCCUCCCUGAAGAGCUUUGACUCCCUCACUGGCUGUGGGGAAAUCUUUGCUGAUGAGAGCUCUGCUCACCUGGAGCUGGAGAACAGCAAAGACCUUCUGCUCAGGCGAAGCAAGCACAAAGACAGCCCUGGCAUGGGCUCCUUCCAAGGUGGGGUGGAGCAGCUGGCCUCUCCUGGCCAGAAUGAGACAGUGGAAUUUGCAAAGUUUUGGGACAACAUCAACAAAUCAGUAAGGCUGCAUCAGAGUGCUCUCUUUGAAAAGAAGUUACUGAAGAUACCUGGUUCUGACGCAGAAAAGGAUAGAAGUCAGGCUGCUGUACUGGUCACAGACCCCCAAGUGUCACCUGAUAAAGAAGGUGACAAUUCCAAAGCCAGCUCCACAGAAACAGAAACACCAAAAAGUGAAAACCAGGAAUCCACAUCCACGAGUGAUGAAGGCUACUAUGAUUCAUUCUCUCCUGGACAAGAGGAUGAACUAAAGGAAGCUCAGACCCCUGGUGUCCCAGGUAGAUUUCCAAGAGACAGCUACAGUGGAGAUGCCCUUUAUGAGCUCUUCUAUGACCCAAAUGAAGUCAAAGUAAACCCUAUCCUUGAUGAUGACUUGUGUGCCUCUGAAAGUGUUUCAGAGCAAGCCAUUGAAAUCCCUUUGUCCAUUUACAGCUUUCAUGUUGGAGCUGAGGAGAACAUGGCUUCUCAACCAACUCUAGACAUCAUUAGCCAGGGUUUUUUUCACAGCACAUGGAAAGGCAAAGAAUGUUUGCUAAAGCUCUGUGAUACUGAGCUUUCACUGACCAUGGGGAUAAUAAACUGGCUACGAAAACACUCCGGACUCAUCUCCUCCCCUGACUCCCUUCAGAGUCCUCAAUCACAGCCAGAAAAAUCUAAUGAUUCAUUGAUCCUGCCCAGUCACAGUCCAGAGCAGAAAGGGAGCACAGAAGCUGAGCAGGAGACACCAGGCAAGGGUGAAUCUAAUACAUUUAAUGUAUGUGUGCCUUUGGAGCAAAGAAACCGUUCAACCCAGGCCUCUUCAGUAAACAUUGCUGGAAGAGAUCACAACCUGGACUCAUCUGAUCUGGAUUUCCAAGGAAGAGAAGGGAGUCACCACACGGACUUAUCUGCAGUGCCUGGGACUGUGGAAACCACCAGAUCAUCAAGUUAUGCACCACAAUCACAGACUAACAGAGACAAUCUGCAGACAUCUUCAACUGAGAAUGAGAAGGUAGCAGUUUCCCUGGGAUGUGAAACAACCCAAGAUAAAAACCCACUGCUAGAAAAGCUGAACAGAGACAGCUUCUCCCUGAGCUCUGAAAAUCCUUCAUUAGAUGAUAAUCAGGAAGUAGAAUCAUGUUACUCCUACAAGACUGCUGCGACUUCACUCCGAGAUCCCCUUGAGAGGGAAGACAGAAAUAAACCAAUGUAUCACUCUCUCUCUAUUUCCUGUGAUAAACCAGCCCAGCCUCUAACCCUCAAUCACUUCCAGAGCUACAUGAGCCCCACACCAACAGAGAGCAGCACUAACAUAGUGCAGCUCUUAGAGCACUGUGUGACACAGGUGGCAUCAUUAAAAAUCAGCUAUGAAAACAAGCACCUGGAAGACAAAUACAUCGGGAAUGAAAUGAACAGUAUCAUUCAUAAGAUGUCUCAGUACAAAAACAAGUUAUUGCUGCACAAUGAAUGCAGCUGCAUUGCUCAAAUUCCAGAAUAUCCCAUCAUUCCUAGCACAAACCAAUACAACUAUGAGACAAAUUUCCAGACUAGCAGUCCGUAUCAUUUGAAGCAAAAUGGGAAGCAAAUUUGCUCUGAAGAUCAGAAAAGCAGAGCAAAAAUCCUAGAUGAGGUUACUCAAAGCAAGAUCAAUUUUGAAUAUGCCCAGCUGAAUAAUCAAGCUCUUUCCUAUUUAAAGGACUUUGGUCUCAGUCCAAGUGACUCUGGCCCUGAGACAUCUCUUAGUAGACCAACAUUUUUACCUCUCUUUAACUCUGUCUGCCCAGACAUAGCUGGUACCUUCUCACAGGGCUCACACAGCACGGCUGUCUGUCUGUCUGACCCUGUGCAGCCUGAGGAGGCCCAGCAGUGCUGCCCAGGACCCUGGAACUGUGCAGAGAGCCCCUGCCAUGGCCUGGCUGCAGGGACUGCUCUGUCCCCUCUCCUAGAGGCAGUGGCUCGGGAUACAGCUUUGACAGCCAGGAACCACCAGUGACACACCUGCAUGGAGAAGGUACAACAUUGAAGAAUCUGUUUGUAGAAACGGAUGCACCCCCAACACAGCAUAGCGUGGCAGUUCCAUGACACUAUACCAAGAUGAUAAUCAACGAGGGUUUCUCUCUGGAGAUCUCACUGGAAGUUUUACAGGAGAAAAUAAUGCCAGUCUGUUGAAAUGACAGGCACAGUUAGGAGUUCUGGACAACCACAUGCCCCUUAAGCCACAGUUGCAGAUGGCUGGUAACUAAUACUCUUUUUUAAAAACAAAAACAAACCCAAGUUCAGUAUGAUUGUGAAAGAAUUCAUGCCAUGAUAAGGUUUAAGAAAAAAAUUAUAGCAUACUUCUGUCAUAUCAUGCCACACAACAAUUGAAAAUAUCACUAUAUUUUUAAAACACAGGUAUGUGCAGAAUGAGCUUUCAUUUGGGAAGCUGUUAUGAAGAGGUAAAAUAGUUUUCUCUUGUACUAUUUUUUCUUUAAUUUUAGAGAAAAGCAUUAUAUAUUUUAUGGCAACAAAGCCACAGGGUUCUAGUGCAGAUUACACUGGUAUGGCAAGAUACUGCCUAGGAAAAGGUAUUUUUUAAAAAACCAAAAAUAUCAGGAAGUGGACUAUAGUAUGCCCUAUAUUGUCCGAAAAUGCGUGUUUGUCAUAGCAGAAAUUGCGAGUAGAAUAAUGAGUUAUAUGUGAAAAUCACCAUUAAAAAGAUAAAUUGAUUCCAUUUUAAAUGAGAGAAAACAUGUUCUUAAUAUCCAUUAUUACAGCUGCACUUAACCCUAUCUGAAGUUUUCCUUUUCUAAUGGAAAAACUGUUCUCAAAGUACUAGACAAGAUAUGCUGUUAACCCAGUUUCCAUUUUUUUUGUGGCUUUCUUGGAGUUAGUUUAACAAUCAUUUUCAUACCUCAGUUUGAACCUGGUCCUGACAGUCUUAUAUUUUGAGAAUAAAUGGGAAAACCCGCUAUGCUUUGUAGAUGAAAUCUGAUGAUUAAAUGGUCCCCUCUGGCCAUGGUGUGUUUAUAGAGACCUUUACAACCUCUUUGUAAGUAUCCUGCCUUGGACAGUAUUUAGGGGUGGUAUCUUUGCCCUGAGAUUUGCUGUCAUGGGGAAAAGUGGAAGAAGGAUAUGAGGCUGGGAACUUCACCAAGGGAAAACUACCUUAGAUUAAAUGCCUGAAUUUUGAUGUCAAAAGUUAAUUUCUACCUUAGAUCAUUAAUAAUGUAAAGAAUAUAUAUAUAACCACAGUAUUGAAGAGAUGUCUGCAUUUUGCAGAAUCUGGGUUUUAAAAUGCAUGAUAUAGAAGGACUAGGAAGCUAUAAAGUGAAAUCACUUCCCCUAGCUAUUGAGCUUUUUCAGUAUUACUCGACACUUAUGAAGAGGAAAGCUUCCCUCUCCAAUGCUCCAAGACUGCCAGCAUAAAUCAACUUUGAGAAUGCACUCAUUUUAUCACAAGUAUAUCCUGAAAAUAUAGAUUAUAAGCAUCGAAGACCCUCUUUCAUGGAACACAAUAGUAUUUCUGAAGACUGCUUUGAAGUUGUCAUUUAACCUACAAAAGCCUGAAAUGCCAAGGAAUUCGUCAUACAGGCAUUUUCCCCUAAAAUACUAAGAGACAUAUUAGAAUUGAGUUAACCAAAUAAUAAUAAACAUAAGGCUUAAUAUUCCAGCAAUAGAUAGUGUGUACAAGAAUUAAUUGUUCCUGACACAAGUGAUCCCUUUCCUUUUGCAAUUACCACAGUAGCCUCCUUCAGCUCACCAACAUCUCUUGUUAUGAAGAGCCCAGAACCUCGAGGACCAGAGGCAGAAUUUCUUCUCCUUGCAGCACACUGCACAUCUGUUCCCUGGGUUUCAGGCGGAGUAACCGACUUCAUUGAGGAAAACAAAGGCAACAGGAUAUCAUGCUCCCACAUACCAAAGGAGACAGUAUUUCAGUGGAGACUAUUCUUUUCCCCACCCUACAGGCACAGAGCAACAAAUGAUUUGUCUAACUUUAUUUACCUCCAGGGUGUCUUUCUACUGCUGCUGCUCUUCUCCCUCUAAGCCCAUCUCAUAUGUUACAGCUAACCAGCCUCCCCUGCUGCUGUCUGCAAACCAGAGGGAAAAGGUGCAGACAAGACAGAUGACUUUUACUGCUCUUACGUAGGUUCAGCAUUGACAUAAAUAGCCUGUCCAGGUCCCUCUGGAUGGCAUCCCUUCCCUCCACCAUAUUGAUUGCUCCAUAUAUCUUGGUGUCACUGGCAAACUUGCUGAGGUGCACUUGGUCCCACUGUCCAUGUUAAACAGGGCCAGUCCCAAAGCCAGCCCUGGAGGAAUGUCCCCUGUCACUCUCCAAUUGGACAUCGAGCUUUUGGCCACCACACUUUGAGCGUGGUCCUUCUACUUUGCAGUUAAAAGCCAAGGAUGUCACGUGGGACAGGGUCAAAUGCUCUGCACAGGUUCACAUAGAUGUGACUUGCUCUCCCCUCAUCCACUAGUGCUGUAACACCACCAAAUUUGUCAGGCAUUAUUUGCCCUCACUGAAGUCAUGCUGGCUGUCCCAAUCACUUCCAGUGUUUUCUACAUGCCUUCGCACAGUUUCCACAAUGAUCUGUGUCAUGACCUUGCUAGGCACAGACUGACUGGUCUGUAGUUCUCCAAAUCUCCCUUUUUCCCUUUUUAAGGAUGAAUGUUAUGUUCCCCCUCUUACAAUCAUUGGGAACUUCACUGGACUGCUGUGACUUCUCAAAUAUGAUUGAUAGUGGCUCAUCCACUUCUUCCACUACUUGCCUUAGGACCCGCAAAUGACUCUCGUCAGCUUCCAUGGUCCUUUGCACCUUCAGGUGGCUUAGAUGUUCUUGAACAUGAUCUGCUGCUACAGUGCACAGCUCUUCAUUUUCCGAGUCCUUUCCUUUGCCUUCUGAGACUCAGCCAGUGUGGCUGGAGCGCCUGUUGGUGAAAACCAAUGAAAAAAGUUCUGAGUAACUCAGCCUUCUCUGCAUCCUGAGUAACCAGGCAUAAUGCUUCCUUCCAGACAGGGCUCAUCGUUUCCCUAAUCUUUCUUUCAUCACUGACAUACAUAUGGAAGCUAUUCUUGGUGCCCUUCAUGUCCCUGACCAGAUUGAAUUUUAUCAGGACUUCAGCUUUCCUCACCUAAUCUCUGUCUGCUUGGACAGUGCUGGCGAGAACAAUUUCUCUGUAUUGCUACCAGACUACCUUUUCUUGCUUCCAUCCUCAUUGACUUAUUUUUUUGUGUUUGUUCAGGAGCUUCUUGUUCAUCCGUGCAGGUUUCCUGGCCUUUUUACGUAUUUUCUUCUUUUUUGGGUUGCAUUUCUCCUGAACUUGGGGAUUACCCUUGAGUAUCAAUCAGCUUUCUUGGACCCCUCUUGUCUCCAGGGCUUUAAGCAGAUCCCUCCUUAAGAGGCCAAAAUCUGCUCUCCAGAAGUCCAGGGUAGUGAUCUUGCUGUGCAGCCUCCUCACACUUGCACUCUGACUCUAAGGUCCUGGGUUCAAUCCAUGCUGCCAAAAGAAAACUGUGGAUCUGCAUUAUACACUAUGGAAAAAAUGCUUGUGGGCAGUCUGUUCUAGUCUGUUCUGGUUCUCCCAGUGGAGUUGCAUGGUUGCUGAUGCAAUGUUGGGGAAAGCUCAAAAAAUCAUUGGCACUUAAUCAAUCUCAAUUUAAAGAACCAAUGGAAAAUUUCCCUCCUCGAGGUCAUAUUAAAUAAGGUCUUUACUAAGAUUGUCUGUACAUGAGUUUAAAGGAGAAUCUUUAAAUUAAACUUGUUAUAUUAGCCAUGCAACAUCUCUUUAACAAAUGAAGACAGGCUGGUGAAAUUAAUAUGAAUUUUAAAUAUUCAUUGUACGUAAGCAUUCAAUUUCUCAUGCACUAUGUAGCUGUGAGACAGCUUUCUUUAUCUGCAUUCAGACUAACAUACUGUCAUUCCCCUGUGCUGUUAGAUUUUUUUUUUUAACUUUUCAAUUGAUGAAACAGAAAAUUAAAGAUAAAAUAUGAAAACUUUUUCAGAUUUUUGUGGGUACAAAACUUCAAAGCAGCUUGUAUGAAACUGUUCACCUACUUCCUGUCCUGUUUUUGCAAGACUGGAAGCAGUGACCGGUUGUGUCCAGACAAAGAUCAGAAUAAUAAUUAAAAGAAUAAUACCAUGAUGCUGAAGACAACCUCCAAAAAGGAAGAAAGGGCUUUCCCCCUCCCCUCAUCGUAUGGUUCAUCAAAAUGCAAGAAAAAUUGUUCUGGAAAAAUUAUUUAAAAUAAAACUAUAUUCUUCUCAUGACAUCAGUUCUUGACAUUCCUUCUUUAAAUGCAGAAUUCAUUGGAAUUCUCAGUACAAAGACCAGACACCUGAGUACCCUUAACAAACCCACAUGUACUGCUAUGAGUGGAGAGAGCACUCACCCCUUUAAAAAACUGCAGUGCAAAUAAUCUCAUACUAGUAAAAUAGUCUGAAAAAAAUGUAGGAAGAAGUACAUGAAUUGUCAGGUAAGUGUUCCUUCCAAAAGCAAAGUAUUAAAAGUAUUAAAACCGCAGUCAGAUGUAAGGGAUGGGGACUUAGGCACAAGUCCCAGAGCAAUACGUUGCUUAACUCGUAAUAUUCCAUUGUUCUCAGUAAGUUGGAGCAUUUGGUGGCAGGAUUUAGGAAACGCUGACAUUUUAUAGUAAAUGCACAGGACACACAAUAAAGUUGCAGGUAAAAUGAGGAAUAUUUAAGAGAGAGAACAAUGUUACGUAUUCUGACUUCUACUUAAGGAAAAGAAUAAAACUUCUUGAUCAACAAUGUAUAUGCAUGGUACACAUAUAUAUAUAAAAUAAUAAUAAUAAGUGUGUAGACACACACUUAAAAAAAGGAUUUAUGAAAACUUAAGUUCAAGAAUAGGGAAGAAAUCUCAAGCAGGUACCUUUUGAAAAUCUGAGUAGCAGAUUAAUAAAAUUUCAGUACAAACACGGUUUAUUAUGUAACUAAGACACAUGCAUUUAUAUGCUGUUUAACCUAUUUUGUUAAUUAUUUUUCAUAUAUGUCGUAUCUAAUGUACAUAUGCUUUAUGUAUUAUAUUUUAGUUACCAUAUUCUACAUUACAUAUUAAAGUCACUUGGAUUCAA